AUGCGUCUAGACCGUGCGGAGCCGAAGUAUACGCGGGAAAGAUGGACCUCCACUGACGCCAGAUCCGCGCGCAUGGACGGCAUCGAAUUGCUUCAAGAGACCGUUUGUACUUUGGCUCUUGUGCUGGCUGGGGCUGCUCACCCGAUGAUCGCUCGCAACCUGCAAAGUCCUGCUCACUGGAAGAUCAUCUGA